AGAAAAUGUAAAGCUAACCGCCACAGCCUUUCGGUGGAGAUCGAGGAGGAUAUUCUUUCACGGCUUCCGGUCAAAUCCUUAUGCCGUUUCAGGGCAAGCGUUGUGGAGAGGAGCUUUAUGGGUUCGGAUUUGAUGACUCGAUUGAUGAUUACAAAGUAGUAUGUGGGGAGAUGUAUAGAGAUAAUGGUGAUGUUGUUACUGUAUUCAGCGUCUAUACCUUAAAAACUGGUUAUUGGCGAGUGAUUGAGAAGCAAUUUCCCUAUCGUUAUGCUCGUUGUCGUCUAAGUUAUAGUGGGAUCCUGGUGAAUGGUGCUCUUCACUGGUUGAUGCAUAGGCUCGGAAGUCCAGAUCGAUCAUUGGUGAUUGUAUCUUUCCUUUUAGCAGAAGAGGAGGUUCGAGAAAUUCCUUUUCGGCUAUCACAUUUCGCUCCUUUCCAUGACACUAUGGUACUGGGGGCCUUCAGGGAAGAGAGGCUGUUCAUAACACAUCACCAGGACACUGUAAUGACAUUUGGGUCAUGAUGGAGUAUGGAGACCCUCAUCCCGUACUGCUACUUAUCACGGUUUUGUUUCUGGGACCAAUCUUGGGAUUUGGUAGUGCAGGGAGAAAAGCUAUAUAUCAAUGUACAAUUUCAAUGAAAAUUACUUUUGGAAUCUAUCAAUUCGUGGAAUUGGCAAAGUUGGUAGUGUUGGAAUCUACUUGGAGUGCCUUGUUUCGCCUAAUGAUGGAGAUGUUGAUCCACUUCUUCAAAAGCCUACUCCUCAGAAGCCGUUACAAGAUCCUUCACAAUUCAGGAGAGUGGAAUUCCCUUCCCAUACUCGUACCAGCUUAGGAUGGAGAUCAUAGUGGCUUUAGUUGGGAUAAUGAUGUAUGAAGAUGGCGAUGAUGACAAAUGAAUCUGUGAAUGUUUUUGAACCUUCAAUGUAUAGUAGGGGGGUCUUCAUUUGUAUGUACUUAUGAUUGAUACUUUAAUAUCCAUUAAUCA